CCACCAUUUCCCGUUCCUUCAUAUCUGCCCCCCUCGAAAAAUCGAAAACCAAAUUGGAACCUCACAUUUUCCCGCGCUCUGGAGGAACCCUAAUUUCGCUCGGAAUAAUUUCAAUGGAAGCGUUCAUCAGAGAUUAUAACAGACCCAGCCGCAUCACCAAGCAGGAAGAGGACUCCAUCCUCGUCUCCGCCUUCAAGCACGUCAUUUCCGGCGGCGCAGACGGUCUCACCCCCGAACAAUUAACCCUCCUCUUCUCCACCUCUUCUUCUUCCUCCGCCGCCGCCGCUCCGUCUUCUUCCUCCUCGUCUGGCGCCACCUCCUCCUCCUCCCUCCCGUCGUGCAGCGGCGGGAUCGCGAAGAAGAAGGCGAGGAAGAACAGGUACAGAGGGGUGCGGCAGCGUCCCUGGGGGAAGUGGGCGGCGGAGAUUCGGGACCCGGAGAAGGCCGCCAGGGUCUGGCUCGGGACGUUCGAGACGGCGGAGGAAGCAGCCAGGGCGUACGACAGGAAGGCCAUCGAGUUCCGCGGGGAACGCGCCAAGACCAAUUUCCCGGCGGCCGAGUACGCCGGCAAUCGGAGGUCGGUGGCGGCUGGGGCUGAAUUGGUAGCCGGCGGCGCUACUCAGGAGACGCAUCCUGUUCAAGAAGCGGUGGCAACGACGGCGGCGGCGACCACGAACCGGGACGAGGGAGUUGACGACCUGUUGUUCGGAAAUUUUGAGGAGGACGAGCUUCGGAGGUUGAUGAUGAUGGAUUGAAUUUUUGGUUCUUUCUUUCACAGAACAGAACUAUGAUCCAUGAGUCCUUUUUUGUCGUUUUGUUUUCACCCCCGCUUUAGAAGCGCGGUAGGGAUGCAGCCUAAGGUUUUUUUUUUUUGGGAGUCUGCUGCUGCAAUACUAGCAUUUCAAGUUAUAUUUAGUGACAACAAUUUAUUUUUACCGGAGAAAAAUAAGUUCGAUAAUUGAGAGAUAUUACACUGGGAUUGUACUCAGUUUGUGGAGAGUGUAGUAGAUGGAUCUGUUUUUCAUUUCUCAGUCUUGUCUUGGUUUGGUUUGUAUGUCAGAGAAAUUCGAAUUAGGGCGAAGCAACGGUAUUUUAUAGUUAACAAGAAAAAUAGACAUAAUGAAUGAUUGUAAAAAGA